GGCUCGACCUGAAUGGACUUUUUCAAGUUUAUUAUACCGUCGCGUCAUGGCCAAGCACAGUGUCUGCCUCUGUAACAUUCGUUCGUGGCAACUGGUUAGUGAAUGGUGCGUCCAAUACGCGCGCUUCGUGGAGUGAACUAAUAUGGAAAACUAUUGAUUUUUCCUUUUCGCAGUCGUAGAAAAUUAAAAUCGCAUCUAGCCAUCAGUGAAAGGAGUGAAUUAUUGUGCAAAAUUGCACAAUUUAGUGACAUUAAGGCAGUGGUCCAGGGCUACUGGAACAGAUUGUAUCAAUCAGUGAAGUGAUUAACAAAGGCUUAUUUGAGUGGGGGAUCGAAGUGAGUCAGUGAAACGACGAGAAGCAAUAUCGAAGAUUUGCAAACCAGUUUGCUGUGCUCGUGGAAGAGAAAUGAAUAAUAAAAUGAAUCGGGGGGUAUCUUUGCGGAUUGAUAAAAACAAGCUUAAAGUGGUCGCGUUUUGCGUAUUGCUUUGCGCUUCAAAUUUUUUGCCUGUUUUGGAAGCAAGAAAAACCAGUAGUGGAAAGAGUAAAAGCUCAUCGUCGAGCUCAGUUAGUCGCGGCCGUGUUUCAAAACCAAGUCAAACUGCUCCAGUGUCUUCUUCAGUAAGCAAUCCAGGCAGCUUGAGCUACAACAAUUAUCAGCAAAAGCCCAAACCAGCUCCAUCUGCCCCGGUUGAUACCUCGGCGAAUUCGCGUCCCAUUGGAUGGAAUGUCAACAGCAACCAGCCGGCUAAACCAGCUGCAGCUGCACCACCUUAUCCAGUACAAAAUGCAGCUAAGCCACCAUAUCCAGUUCAAAGUCCCGGACAAGCAAAACCACCAUAUCCAGUGCAGCAGCAGCAUAACGUGCAUCAAACUCAUGGAGCGCCCCCACCACCAUACUCGGUGAAUCCACAGCACGGUGCACCACCACCGUAUUCAGCAGUGAACAAUCCAAAUGCUCAUUCUCCGUUCAAUCAACCCCCACCAGCAUACAGCCCAGGAAGUCAAGGGUUCAAGCCUGGACAACCUGGUGGUUUCAACCAACCAGGGUUUGGACAACCAGGAGGGUUCAACCAGCCUGGUAGUUUCGGGCAUCAACAACCAGGUGGAUUUGGUCACCAACAACCAGGUGGAUUUGGUCAUCAACCAUCAGGUUACGGUGGAUUCCCAUCCGGGGGUACCGGAUAUCAUGCUCCAGCUGGUGGGUAUAGUCAGCCACAUGGUGGUUUCCAAGGCGGAGGUGUCGCUCCUGCGGUUAACUACGCUCCAGCCCCUAGUUUCCCCAUUGCAGCCAUCCCUGUGGGUGCCUACAAACCCCAAUCAUCAGGAAUCGGAAUAGGAGGUAUCGCCGCUGGCGUCGGAACAGGACUUCUAGCAGGAGCCGCAGGUGCUGCCAUUUACAACGCUCUGAAACCUGAGGACCGUGUGAUCUAUCGCGAUCGCGUUACUGUUGUUAAUGAAUCCCCCGCCGCUGCCCCUGCCGCUGCUGCUCCGGGCGCUCCGGCUGCCCCCGCUGCUGCUGCUCCGGGUGCUCCAGCUGCCCCUGCUGCUGCAGCUCCAGGUGCUGCUCCUGUUCCAGUCCCAGCUACCGGUGAUGCUGCAAGUCCACCGCUGGCUACCAGUGAAAAUAAGGACUCCGCCGCCGCUGUUCCAAACACCCCAGUGAUUAUGAAUAAUAAUGGAACCAGUGACCAACAAACCAACUCCACAGAAACAUCUACACCAACGCCUCUGGCCUCGUAUAAUGAAACUUCAACAGCCCCAGUACCCACAGGAAAGCAGUAUUUCCCACCACCUGGCCAGUACUACCCGGCCACCGGUCAGUACGUUCCUCCAGGCGAAUAUGAUUCAGUAACCGGAGUGUUCACGCCCGGUCGCUACAUUCCGGACACCAACAUUUUCCAGCAAGGACAGUACGAUCCUCUCACACAGAUAUUCACACCAGGAUCGUACGAUGCAGCUUCGGGACAAUUUGUGCCAGAUCCGAACAAUGGCCCAGUUAAUUUGGCUGCCGUUGCGGCAGCUCAAGAUGCUCCAGUUACAGGCCAACCGUUGAACCAAGAACCAAACGGAGCUACAAUCGUAAUGGCCACCAUGAUGAAAACCCUAAUGUUGACCACCAUUUUGCCAACGGUUUUCGCUGCGAUCGUGGCCUACUAGAAAGAGAGAUGGGAUAAGCAAGUUGAGCUCAUAUCGUUGCAAGAAUAUACAAGCGGAGAGCAAUGCUACAACCAACAUUGAAGUGACUGAGAACUUAAAUGACAAAUAAACACCGAUGAACCACCAUCAAUCAAAUUUAUGAAAUCAAUUCCAUGAUCGUGCGAUUAUUUUUAAACCAACAUUAACGAGCAUCCAACAUGAAUCAAAACAACAGGAAUUGCAUGGUAGUAUACUCAAAUCACUAUAAUUAUUCGAUACCAUUUCAGUUAUCAACGUUUGUCACGCUUUUUGAAACAAUGCAUCUGUUUUUUAAAACAAAAGAAAAACAAAUCAAUUCACCUAAUAGUGAUACUGCCUUUCUCGUAAUAAGCCAAGACACCAACCUUCGUGGUUCAUCACAGCAUUCGUGUCCCUAACUUUCGACGUAAUGGUCGAUCGCAAUCAAUAGUGACCAAGGCUUUAUUCAUCGUCAAAUUGAACUUGUCGCGAGAAAAUAGAAUGAGAUUUUGUGUGAAAAGAUGACCAAUGUUUUUCUUAGCGUUUGUGCAUACACACGGACAGACAGACAUUUGCUCAAUUCGUCGAGUUAGGUCGAAAGGUUUAUAAAACUAUGAUAAGAGCUUCCUAUCAAAAAUGCGCUUUUGGAUCGAAAUGAAAGUCUCUUGGCACUUUGUAAUACGAGAACGGCAAACAUGAAAUUGGCACUAUUUCGCAUAAAAAAAAGUAAAAACUAAGAUGUUGAGGAUUAGGUAACUAAAUAAAAAUUGAAUAGUUUCAAGCGAUGUGACAUGAGCGAACUAAUCUCAAUCAAUGGUAUAACUAGUCAGCUAUUAAGUUGAACAAAUUCAAAAUAACUCAAUAUGAUACGAUUAGAUGUGCUAAUAGGAAUAUGAGAUAGCAUUUAGCGAAGAGACUUCCAAAAACAUUUUCGGCUAAAUUACAUCAUAUGUAAACAUUUUGAUACAUUUUUUUUAUUGAUCAAAAUGUGUAGAAAUCCUUCAGCUAUCCUUUUUCCAUAUCAACCGUUGGGCCGAUAUGCAAGUGCAAAUGAUUUACUAAUGAGUUAUUAGCUAAUGAACUUUGUAGACUAGAGUUGCAUCACUUGAUAAAGUGUAUUUUGAUAUGAAACAUCAUGUAGGUAUAUUCUGGGACGGGACUUGCAAAAAGGAAAAAAUGUAACUUCAUCUGCAACCAGCAAGCGCUGUCACGAAUUGUCAGAUGCAACCAGCACCUUUUUGUGUGGAAGUAUUGGUAUCCCUCAAAAAGUAUUUCGAAUGAUUUUGUUUUACGAGUACUUUUUCACUUUGAAAAGUAUUCUAGAAUAGCCGGACAGAUUAUUAUUGAACAAUUAAUAAAUACAGGUUUUAUUUCCGAUAGGAAAAUCUUUAUAAAAAUAAGUUUACAAAUUCGUAAAUUGCAAACACUUUUAUUGUGCUCAGAAGAUUCUACCCAGGAUUUAGGUGAAACACUAAUGCUGUCCAAUGAGCAGCUCGAAGUAGCUCGAAGUUGUUCCCGUCCUGCUCGUUCUUUUUCGUCAACAAAUGGGCAAGAGAGGGAUGGGAAGAACUUCGAGCUACUUCGAGCUGCUCAUUGGACAGCACUACUCAAGGAAACAGUUGAGAAUCGAUGAUCAACUGUGAUGAAAAGAAGAACAAGUGUCAAAACAAGGAAAAAGAAAACCGUCUUUGCAGGUCUCGUCUCAGCAUCUGACAAUUCGUGACAGCGCUUGCUGGUUGCAGAUGAAGUUACAUUUUUUCCUCUUUGCAAGUCCCGUCCCAGGGUAUAUUAUAUCCUGAGAAAUAUACCCAGUAAAAAAUGUAUAUGUGAUCUUUCACAUCAACCUACGACGUCGAUGCAAUAAUAUCAAAAUUUUGAACUGUCUCAAUCAAAUUUUCAGUCCCCAAAUAAAUUUGCCUUAAAAUACAUCUAAAACGAAUGAGGUGGUCAAAUAUGCUAUCAAACCAGUGUGUUUACAAUAUAUUUCAAUUUGAAUUCUUACAAAUUUAUUUUUUCAAGCCUUUAGUGAAAUCAUGCCCACAAGUCUCUCUCUUGUCGUCUCUCUGUCCAUGAAUGUCUAGGCCAAAUCUUUCUCUAGUGUUCUGUGUACAUCUAUCCUAUUGUAGACUUCACAUUAGGUAUACUGUUUAUAGAUUUGUUGACACCAUUUAUAUAGUGUUAUGUGAUACCUAUUAUAAACUUUUAUAAAGAGAUCUAUAGUUUUUUUUACAAUCUCAGAUUGAUAGUCAGUAUUCCUUAGCAUAUUGGGAAAACAUAACUCAUCGAUGUUUGAAUGAACAAUGUUGUACAAAACUUAAAUACAAUCCAUUUGAUGUGAAUGAAAACAAAACAUAGAAUUGAACUCAAAACCUAAUAAACCAAAAUGCGCUUUUAAAGUACGAUCAUUAAAUUAGUGCCGCUUUUAAGAACCAGCAUAACCAUCAACAGACAUACCGUGUGUGUUUACUAACUGUUUGCACUUAAUAUUGGCGAAAAGGUGCACAAACAUCGGCAACUGUUGAAUCUCAAAAUUUUCAUUUUGUAAAUAAACGAUAUUUUUCAUUAAAUACCCA